AUGAUCAUUGCAAUAUUCUUAUUGACCACAGUUUUUGCAUUUCCUAAAUACAAGUAAAAUCUGUUUGUGAGUAAACCAGAUUCGCUCAAAAAAUUAGCUUACUAAUUGUCAAUAGCUUCUAAUUUAUAAGCUGACGUGGAUUAAGAUCAAGUAAGGAAUUUAAUCUAAUAAGGUUUGUACUUGGUUGAAAGAAUACACAUUAACAACUGCUGAGGAUGCUUAUUAUGCUAAGCUGGCAUCAUAAUUUUUGGAAGAGUGCCAUGUAGAUUAUAAUAUAGAGUUACCAAUGAUUGAUUAAGAUGAUUUCGAAUCAAUUUACUAUAAUUCACUUCUAAAUGGAUAAUGUCCUAAAUUGGAUUAUUACAUUACAGUAGGAGGUGCAGCAAAACCUAAUCUUAAAAAAUAAGAUGAUUCUUACAAAACAGCAGCUCAAGUAUAUCAUCUUGCCACUAUUUGCAAUGACAAUAAGGUUCAUGAUGCAAUAUAAGAAGCAAUCUUUAAUUUCUAAGAAAUAUAUGAUGGAGUCACAGCUGUUUUAGAUAGAGAUAGUUCAGCUGCAGUUACUGCAUAAUUACUAUAUUCAUUUUUAACUCUCAACAUUACCAAUCUCCAUCCAAAACUUUAAGAUUUCCUUAAGAAUCAAAUAUAUCAAUAAACAAUCAUUAACUUCUUACUUUAAAGAACUACAGUCUUGGGCUCUAUUGAAGAAUAGUAUUGGAUUACUAAAUUAUUCUAAUUAAAUCAACUCAAUACAAUCAUUUACCCCAUUUUCUAAGACUAUUAUGUACAAAAGGAAAAAACAUAAAUAAAUGUGAAAUUUGUCAACAUUAAGGGUGAAAAGGUUUAACCUACAGAGGUUUAAGCUUUCAUUGCUGAUGAUUAAAAUAAUUACUCAUAUACACCUGUUAAAUCUAAAGAAUUUAGUGGCUAUUUUGAAGUUUCUACUUCUGGCUCAUUUCCAAUUGAAUUACAUUUACCUAAUUAUGUUGUAAGAUUUCUUAUUUUAAAUUUAAGCUCAAAUACACUGUUAAAGUAUUGUAAACUAUUGAAAUUGAAGAAGUUAUGUUCGACAUUGUUGAUUCCAAAACUUCUAAACCAAAUUUUCAUCAUAGUGUUGAAAAUGGUGAAGUUUAUCCUGCAAUUCUUAACGCAAAUGAAAGAAGCUUCCUUCAUGUCAUUAUUAAGGUAAUCUUUUAUUUUAAGUAGACCAAAUAAUAAGUCAAAUAAUAAGUAGCUCUUAGAUUAAUUCAUCCUUAAUAUCUUUCUGCUACCACCCAAGUUUUUGCUGAAUAUGAUAAAAAACGAAAAAUCUAUUAUGGCAUUAUUGAUUUUGGAGAUCCUGAUCAUAUUACACCUCUCAAUGCUAUUUAUUAGGUUGAAUUACUCUUAGCUGAUCCAAAUAUAGUUCCUAUUAGAUGGAAUUUCCUUAAAAUUGAUACUAAAUUUUAAGCUUAAACAACAUUACAAAAUGAUAGCUUCUAUAAAUUGCCUUAAGAAAUUAUACAUCAAUUUGCCUAAGAAUAACCUUAAGUACCAUUCCUUGUAAAAUUUAUAUCUAUUCUAGUUUGUUUCAUUCUUUGUUUUUGUUAUUGUUUUGGCAUUUUUAUUUUUCCUCAGAAUUCUCUCUAACUUGAAAUUAGCCUAUGAUAAAUUACCAAAAGAUAAUUAAGGGAUAGUUUAUGUAUUUCUAGCUUUAAUUAUUGGAUUAUUUGUUGUUUUAACACUAUUUUGGAUCAAAUUAAAUUUGAUAGAAACUGUAACAAUUUUAGGAAUCUUAAGUGUACCAUUGGUUAUUGUUGGCAACUAUGCUCUUUUAACAUUAAGAAAAUCAGAAAAAAUAGAUUGA